CCGGCCUGGGUUCCCCGGCGGUUCGGAGCAGCCUUGGGGCGGGGCCAAGGUUGCCUCCAGCCGGGGAGGAGCCGGGAUGCCGCUCUCGCGGUGAUGCUGGGGGGAAUUUGCUGACAGUCCCUUGCCAGGUGGGGCUGGCUCCACCAGGCCGGCGAGGAGGAGGACCGGCGGGCAGUCUCCUCCCAGGUAUGGAGCGUAUCGCCUGUCGCCGCGCCUGAGCACCUUGCUUGGGGCUGGAGCUGUGGCGCGGAGGGAGCCGAUGUGAGCCUUGGACGAGCCACUUUUGUGCUCAGGAGUCGAGCAGGGUUGUUGGGCUACUCAGAAGCACCUAACGACAGAUCUAGAAGAAGAAGGGCCAGUGACCGCUCAUCUGCCUAAACCCCAAACCUCACCCACUACUCCAGCAGCACCGCAGCUGAGCGGAGCCCCCAGGCAGGCCUGAGUUGGAGCCUCACGGGAGAACUGACUCAGGGAGCCUGUCAGGAUGGCUGUCUCACUGAGCAACCUGGAUGUGGCGGAAAAGGCACAGAACAUAUCAUCGCAGGACUGCUUCCAAUCUCACAGCACUGUCCUGAAGGGACAGCCCUUUGGGGGCAUCCCCACUGUGCUGUUUCUCAAUAUCAUCUUGUGGGUGCUCAUCGUUUUGGUUUACUCCUUCCUUCGGAAAGCCGCGUGGGACUAUGGGCGCCUGGCUCUGCUGAUCCACAAUGACAGCUUGACCUCGCUGAUCUAUGGGGAGCAGAGUGAGAAGACGUCUCCAUCGGAUAUUUCCCUGGAGAUGGAGCAUAAGGACAAGGGCUUCUAUUCCUGGUUCUUCAACACCAUCACCAUGAAGAACGAGGAUCUGAUCAGCAAGUGUGGCAACGAUGCCCGCGUCUAUAUCACGUUCCAGUAUCAUCUCAUUGUCUUCGUGCUCAUUCUCUGCAUUCCCUCCUUGGGCAUCAUUCUGCCCAUCAACUACACUGGGACCGUGCUGGACCGGAGCAGUCACUUUGGUCGAACCACCAUUGUCAAUGUCUCCACAGAGAGUAAGGUCCUGUGGCUGUAUGGCUUCUUCUCCUUCCUCUACUUCAUCACCAACCUCAUCUUCAUGACUCAUCAGUACUUAGCAUUUGUGCCCAAGAAGAGCUCCAAGGUCACAAGGACACUGAUGAUUACCUACGUCCCCACAGACAUCCAAGACCCAGAAGUCAUCAUUAAGCAUUUUCAUGAGGCCUAUCCAGGGUGUGCAGUGACCAGAGUCCACUUCUGCUAUGACGUCAGGAACCUGAUUGAUUUGGACGAUCAGAGGCGCCAUGCCAUGCGGGGCCGGCUCUACUACACAGCCAAGGCUAAGAAGUACGGAAAGGUGAUGAUCAAAACCCACCCCUGUUCCCGCCUGUGCUUCUGCAAGUGCUGGACCUGCUUCAAAGAGGUGGAUGCAGAGCAAUAUUAUAGUGAGCUGGAGGAGCAGCUGACUGAUGAGUUCAAUGCCGAGUUCAACCGUGUUCAGCUGAAACGUCUGGACCUGAUCUUUGUCACCUUCCAGGAUGCCAGGAUGACGAAGCGCAUCAUGGACGAUUACAAGUACAUCCACUGUGGUGUGUCCCCCCAACAGUCCUCAGUGACCACAGUUGUCAAAUCCUACCGCUGGAGGGUCGCCUUUGCCCCACACCCCAAAGACAUUAUUUGGAAGCACCUGUCCGUCCGCCGCUUCCAUUGGUGGGCCCGCUUUAUCGCAAUCAACACCUUCCUCUUCUUCCUGUUCUUCUUCCUCACCACACCUGCCAUCAUCAUCAACACCAUCGACAUGUACAACGUCACCCGCCCCCUCGAGAAGCUGCAGAGCCCGAUAGUGACCCAGUUCUUCCCCUCCCUGAUGCUCUGGGCCUUUACGGUGUCACUGCCUCUCAUUGUCUACCUGUCUGCCUUCCUCGAAGCCCACUGGACCAGAUCAAGCCAGAAUCUUAUCAUAGUGUACAAGUGCUACAUCUUUCUGGUGUUCAUGGUGGUCAUUCUGCCCUCUAUGGGACUGACCAGCUUGGAUGUCUUUUUCCGCUGGCUCUUUGACAUCUACUAUCUGGAGCAGGCAUCCAUCAAGUUUGAGUGUGUGUUCCUGCCAGACAAUGGCGCCUUCUUCGUCAACUACGUGAUCACAGCAGCGUUGCUUGGCACGGGCAUGGAACUGCUGCGCCUGGGGUCCCUUUUCCUGUACAGCACGCGCCUCUUUUUCUCCAGGUCGGAGCCAGAGAGAGUCCACAUCAGAAAGGACCAGGCCAUAGACUUCCAGUAUGGGCGAGAGUACGCAUGGAUGUUGAACGUCUUCAGUGUGGUGGUGGCGUACAGUAUCACCUGCCCUGUCAUUGUCCCUUUUGGACUGCUGUACCUGUGCAUGAAGCACAUCACAGACCGCUAUAACAUGUACUACUCCUACGCCCCGACCAAGCUCAACGGGCAGAUCCACAUGGCCGCCGUCAAGCAGGCCAUCUUCGCGCCGCUGCUGGGUCUGUUCUGGAUGCUCUUCUUCUCCAUCCUACGGUUAGGUUCCUUCCACAGCUUCACCAUCUUUUCCCUUACCACUCUUAUCAUUUCCAUGAUAAUUGCCUUCCUGGGCACUCUUCUGGGGAAGUUUCGGAAGGUACCUGACUAUAAGCACGAGGAGACAAUGGAAACCGUGUUUGACAUGGAGCCAAGCAGCACCUCCUCCACGCCCACCUCCCUUCUGUAUGUGGCCACCGUGCUGCAAGAGCCAGAGAUGAACCUCACCCCAGCCUCUUCCCCAGCCCGGCACACCUACGGCACCAUGAACAGAGAGCCAGAAGCGGGAGAAGAGGAGAGCAGUGUGAGGGGCUUUGCAAGGGAGCAGGAUUCGGCCCAGUUCCAAGAAGGCCUGGAACUGGAGGGCCAGAGCCAAUAUCACUGACGAGCACCUGAGGCCUCCACCUGGCAACUCCAGCCAGGAGUGGCGGCCAGGGCAGGUCCUGCACCUCCCCACUACUUCUGCUGACUUUGGAAAGGUCCCGCGUAGCCAUCUGCUACCCUGGCCAUUGGCUGUGUGGAGGCCCCGACCUGCUGACCAGCUAGAACGGGAGGUGCUAGGCAAUGCAGAGGGACCCCAGGAUGGCAAGCACCAUGUCUUGGGAGAGUUGGCUGAAGCCCUGGGCACAGAGACUGAAUGCUGGGGGGACCUUCCUGGGGUCCAGAUGGAGAAGGUGUGCAUAAGGGAGGAGGCAGAAAGAAGCCCACCGAAGACUCUCCAGGGGCUUCUCCACCCUUCCACCAGCUGCCCUACCAAGGAGCUUCUGCUGUUGCUCUGACCCCCGCCCCCACUCCUGGCCCAUCCCUCCCCUGCAAUCUGAGGAAGCAAAGGUAUGUGUGCCAGGCCUCAUUAACAGGACAGGUGACUACCUCAUCCAGGUUUCCCUGCGUGGGGGUCUGCAAAAAGAGAGUUUCUGCAUCCCCCGGAGCAAGGGGCAGCUAGGACCCUAGACCUGAGAGGCGGUGACGGAUGCCCUUCCUGUUCCUGUGACCCUCAACAAUUGUCCCCAGGAGCAGCAGGGUAGAGACCCUUCUCCUUUGUAUUCUUGUAAAGGUAGCUGGGGCAUGGUCACUCGGGGCUCAUUAAACGGGACCUGUGUGCAUUUUGAUGAAGGCAAACCUGGUUACUAUGAGGUGGGAAGGACAGAGGCAGAAUUCACAGAGGGCGUCUUCUCCCAGACGUUGGGUGGUGGGAAAUCAGCAUACCUCCUCAAGCCCCAGGGCCUAAUGAGAGGAGCCCCAACGCCGAGGAGCGGCCACUGAGAGCUGCUCCUGCCUCUUACCCACCUCAGUGCCUGGGCCCCCAGCAUGGCCACGGUGGGCAGCAGCUUAGGGCAAGACGUCCAUGCCUCAAACUGAAAGCACUGGCCAGUCCCUGGCCUCCAAGUAGGACCUUUCUCUCCUCUCAGGGCCACCUUGCACUCUGGACUGAAGACCACUCAAGUGGUCUCCAGGGUGAUCGUGGCUCAGACCCUGUGGAUGCCCUGCCAGGGGUG